AUGCCUGGCGACAGAACCCAACAUCUUGUCGCAAUAAUGAUCGCAGUCUUCUACUUCAAAUUUGGCCAGACCCUCAUCGACAAACCAAUCGAGAUUCUCUUUCGGGAGAUCACAUGCAAUAGCUACUACAACAAUCCAUCCACGAACCUGAUCCGCGCCUUCCCAUACGACGACCCAUUGUGCCAGAUCGAAGAGAUUGAAAACAUUAUCGAAAGAGGCAACGCGAUUAGUUUGGUCUUUGAAGCUAUUGGUGGCCUUCUCGCAGCGUACGUCGUUUUACGUGCCAACUUCCGCGAAAGACUCGUUAUCUUCGGCUCGCUCACAUGGAUCAUCGGCAAGCUUUUGAUCUACCACAAAACGCAUGAUAGAUGGCACAUGUUGCUCUACUGGGUUUUGUCUAGCUUGGUCGGCGGCGGGCGAGUCGUUGUUGAGGGAGCCAUAUUGGGCAUGUUGACUGAUCUAUCGGACGAGCAAAAUCGAGCUAGGAAUCUUUCCUACACGUUCGUCGUGGCUUUGCUCUCGUACGUUGCAGCAAAUCUCACCUUUAAACCCCUCGUUGAGUACAGUGUCGACGCGUCUUAUAUUGCAGCCAUGACCGGCAUUACCCUUGGCGUCACGACGAUCGCUAUGUUCAGACUGCUCUAUUUCAAGACGUACUGCAAACAGGCCGAAGAUUACCGCUCGGAGGAAGAGGCCAACCCGGACCGCCGCCCGCCGCGGGUGCAAGUCUUUUCCAGCUUGGCUCGUUUCCCAAGCUGCUGUUUGCUCUUCAUCGUUGCCGUUCUACCGCCCAUGGCAUCAUUGUCGAUGCCGUCACUCGCAUACUGGAUUUCCAGAGUGUUCCCUGUCUACGAAAACUUUCUCGACCUUCCCACCCCACUAUACGCAUUUCCCACCGCCGCCGUCGUGGUGACCGGCACCAUGAUCCCAUUACUGGAGAACAGCCGCGCCCGCCGCCACAGCACAAAUCCCCAGCGUCGGACCUUUCCACUGCUCGUGCCCUCGUUUCUGUCCAUCUCGAUAGGCACUCUGCUCCUAGUAUCGAGCAAAGACGGCAACCACAAGCUCCUCAUCGGGGGGUUCGUCUUCAUGGGCCUCGGCGGGGGUGCGGUACCUCUGACCCUGGCUAUGCUCGUGUCUCAUCUCGGCCGACGACUUCGAUGCCGCUAUGUGGGAAGAGCGAUUGGUGCGAUAUAUACGCUGCAGUGCAUCGUGAGGUUGGUGCUGGGGCCUAUGCUCUAUGCGCUGAGGAAGCCGGGUCGCCCGGCGAUGGCUCAGUUGUUCCCUCAACUCAUUAUCCUACUUGCGGUCUAUGCUGCUUUCUACUCGGCGCUAAGGUGGUCGCUCAAGAAUUCGGCGUCCACAGUACAGAGUAGCGAGCGGAAUAUCGAGCUAGAUGAGAUGCGUCGAGAGGCGGCCCUGCAUGCCGCGCCGAGUGCGCCGCCUCCUGCAUAUUCCCCACUGACGCGGGAGAACGGUCGAAUUUGA